AUGAGCCGUCGGGCCCUGCUGGUACCCAAACAAGGGGCCCCUGGAGCCCCCUUUGGGGCCCCCGACUGGCUCAAAGGGGGCCCCCCCGGGGCCUCCUCUGAGGGGCCCCCCGGGGCCCCCUCCGAGGGGCCCCGUGCCUCGCACCCACACACAACACUUCAGGCGAAGGUGGAGGGUGGGGAGGCUACGAGUUCUACAAAGGAAGCCACUAGCAGCAGCAGCACCAGCAGAAACAGCAGCAGCACCAGCAGCAGCAGCAGCAGCAGCAGCAGCAGCAGCAGCAGCAGCAGCAGUUGGCUUCGUGCUCCUUCAGUACGCUUCAUAGGAACAGCAUCUGAGGUGGGGGAAUAUUUCGAGGCCCUAAGGAGACAGCAGCAGCAGCAAUGCCGCCUCAUCAAGACACCCCACGAGCUCCAGUGUAUAUACACUAUCAACAACAAAAUAAAACAAAAAGAAACACAACACGCACCCCCCAUCUCUUACUUCCUCUGGCGUCACAGACGGCUCCGCCUACAAGGACAAGACCAGCAGCAACACCCUCUGCAGGGGGGCCCCCCUGGGGCCCCCCAGGGGGGCCCCCCUGGGGGCCCCCCUAUGGGGGCCCCCUAUGGGGCCUCAACUAUAGAGCCUUCUGUGGGGCCCCCUGGGGGGCCCCCAGGAGGUUCCAUAGUUGGGGGGCCCCCUGGGGGGCCCCCCAACGGAGCCGAUGGUGUGGAGGGUUUAGGUGAUUGGGGUUUGGGUGUUGGUGGUUUUUUGUUUCCUCUGGAGAUUGGGGAGUGUGGGGUUUGUGGUUUGUUGCCUAUGGCUGUGGGGUUGCGUGUGUUGGGUUGUCCCCCAUACAGCGCAUCAGUACUGUGCAUAUCCUCGGGAUCGGGAUCGGGAUCGGGAUCGGGAUUGUGGGGGGGAGCGGGGGGGGGAGCGGAGACAGUGGUGAUAGAUAUGCUGAGCCGGCAGCAGGUGUAUGCUGCUGCUGUAGAGAGACUGCUGCAGUGGCUGCUGCCUAACCCCUUAAUAUUAAAAAUAAUUUUUGAUGCGAGAGAGACAGUUGAGAGACUGGCUGUGGGGCCCCUACGCAUGCAGGAGGCCCUCAAGCCCCUCGUACACUGCAUAGACCUCAGGUAG